GUUUUUCCCAUUUUUUCCCCUUUUGUCCAAGCUUUUCAAGCUCUUUUGAACUCUUUUUACCCCGACGGCUGUGUAUCAAGCAAAGGACAGAGGUGGUUUCCGGUGAACUCCCUCUCUCAACUUUUAUCCGCACCACAAGAACAGAAGCAUCUGCAAGUCAGCGAGUUACAAAAAUCGGAUCUCCUUUUAGAUCUGAAAUUUUCUCGAUCUGUACUUCACUUCACCCCUGAAGAACCCUCACCCUGGGCUUCGUUACUGGCAGGAGGCAUCUCUCUUGGACCAGUAGAUGCGCCAUGCUCAGGGGAGACGUCGACGGCGCAAGGCGAUCUUCUUCUGGGGGCAACUGCUAAACAAUCUGAAACGAGUAAGUCUUCUUGCCUCCCCGCCGUAACAUCGGACCAAACUCAUACCAAACUAUUGAUGCAUCGUGUACUUCCGAUGAGCCCGUGUUCAAGGCAAAACUUUCAACCCUCUCCGGCCAGCCGCCUUGGUCUCUCUCUGUUGAUAGCCAAAGAUCGAUUAGGGUUUCCCUUAGUGGACCCUCAAUCAGUUUUUGGCCCAUUAAGGCCCCAACUAAUUAAGCCCAAUAAGUGUGCCUCAAUUCCAAAUCCGUUAAAGCCCAGGUACGACCUCAUAUCUAAAUUGUCGAAGUUAAAACCUAGUCGACGGUGUGAUCAAGAUUACGAUGCCUAUGGAUUCCAUCGGAGAAGUAAUUCACUGUUGUUACUAUGGCGGAACUUCCAUCUUCUGAAAACCCUGGUAGAAGUAUUCCUUAAGGCUUUGAUUUAUGAACCUUAUUGUUUGAGUUUGUCUGGUAUUUGGUUCCCGAUUCCAAUUCGUCCGAGCAUUGUCUAUGGCUAUGGUUUGUCGACCAGGUCUCAUGUCUCGGCGAAACUAGUGAAACACCUCAAGCAUCAGAGCAUCUCGAUCCCUGCUCGAACCCUUGUCAAAGCUUUACACUCUGUAGCUCUUCUCAUGCCGGCGAGAAUCACAGCUUUGCCCCUUUACUCAACGCUACUUCGUCAUGUUAUUACGACAGUGGCAAUCUCUUCACCCAUCAUGGAAGAAGUAUCGACAAUCCUUGACCUCACAUAGCUUUUGGCUCAAAGCUCUCAGGAAUCAAUUGUCGAUUAACCUUAUCUACCUUGUUUAUCUUUGCUGCUUUGUUAUUUUGGCAUUGGGGAAUGCCCAUUUCAAGUUUGUUUUAAACAAUGGAUUCUCAGAAUCCUCCUUGUUCUGUAUUUGUUAUCUUCUUUAAUGGAAUGAAAGCAAAUGUUUGACCAA